UGCUUGUCGGCCUGCUUGUCGGCCUGCUUGUCGGCCUGCUUGUCCGCCCGCUUGUCGAUCUCCUGCCCGUCAUCUAUGAAGCCGAGCGACAAACGCACAUCUCAUCAGAGCAUAUAAGGGCGAUCAGAAACCUCAUUCUUCCACUUCUCUUCUUCACCAACCAACGCUUUUACCAUUUGGAGUUUCAAUCUUCAAGCAUAAUUCUCCCCCUUGGAUUGGUCAACCUCACCCUCUCCCCCACCCGGUAUCGACCGGACGAUCAUGGCUUCUUCAAGGGAGCGCAUGGUCCUCUGUGUCAGAUGCUCGGACUCUGCGUCUGCUCAACUCUCCAGGCAUGACGACGACUUCGCCAAAUGCCAGAUGGAACAUCCACUCAUCGAAUUUCCUCUCGACGGUCAAACCCACAUCGACAAAGAUGGCAAGGCACCUCACGCCGACAAACGCUGGUGGAGCUUCAAGCCAGGUCCAGUUGACACAACGGAAAUCGAUCUCACGCAAAGGAGUACUUGCAUUGCCCUUCUGACGGAAGCUAAAGCUGUAUUCCCACUCACUCGGAGCAACAAGACCCCGUCCAAUGCUCAAAUUAGCGGCGCGAAGACUGCGAAAGAGGAGAGCAAGUUUCGAGGCAUCUCAAUCACGAAAGAUAUGCUGGAGACUGCUCUCAGAAUCGCCAGUCUUCCAGAGGAGAGGGGCGGAAGCGAUACGCAAGCCGUGGAUCCGACAGCUGGCGCUUCUGCUCCUGUGUCAUCGUCUGGGAAUGACGGGUUGAAAUCAGGCAAUGGCAACGGUGCUCCGCUCGACAAAUCGUCAAUUCUCGAAGCAUCGAGCGCCGCACCUCAAUCCGCUUCCGGUCCAUCCAGAGCCGUCCAGGGUAGCGCCGCUCCGCACAUUGCCGGGCCAUCCAGUGCCAGUCCGAAGACCGCCACCUCAUCGACUGCAAUGCCUUCAGCGGAGGCGCCAACGACGACUUCAGCUGCUCCGAGCACCGAGAUUGACGAUGGUAUGAGCAUGCUACAUCUGCAAAGCCAACCCGAGACUGAGUAUGCUGGGCCAUCGAGGAGUGCCACAACAAAUGUCAACACCCAGUUCAUCGGCCCGAAGCGUGCUGGAUCAUCAACUCUCACGCCUUCCACUGCCGCGCCGACACACUUCCAACCUCACGAAGGCCAAGGUACAUUGCCUGCCAUGGGUACACUCUCUUUGCAGGGAGAGAAUCGACCUACGUCCAAUCCUGCUCGCACUGCCCGCGGACAGGUUGCACCCCCUUCUGCAUUGCCGUCGAAUUCGUUGUUGAACACCUCAACCUCCAUUUCUCGGGGACCUGGGGUUACCCCAACGAAACAAGUAGCAGGGACGAAGGGCGGGACAGAAUCCAAUACGAGCACGUCCGGGCAUGCGGCAUUGUCUGUGGACGGCAAUGAGGCCAUCAGGAAGAUCGAUGCUUUCAUCGACAAACGCUUCAAGGAGAGCAAAGGUUCGAAAAAAGAGCAGGAUAUCAUCAACGAACUUGCAUUGCGCCGCACUUUCGCCUCGGGGCAAAGCAAGCGUGAGAUCGUCACGAACUACAUGAACAUCAGUUUACCAGCCAAGAUGUACGUGUACAAAGUCGAGAUGAUUCGCGCCAAACCCACAAGUGCCCCGAACAUCCUCGUCAAGCGCUUUGCGGACAAAAAUGCGGUCAUUGAAUCCAUCGCCAGGACUACUGGUCAUGCACUCAAUGCCAACAUUACCAAAUGGGUCACUGACGGCGAUUUGAUCUGGUCUCGCGACCGCAUCUUCCCGAGUUCCCGCGAGGACGGAAAUCAUCAAGGCCCAAUUCUGGUUGACUCUCAGCCUCGCAUCCGGUACCAGAACGAGUGCGGAAAAGUGUUGCUUGUGGAAGAAGUCAACUUCUAUGAGUGGAACCCCAUCAGCUGCAACAUGUCCAUGACCGAGCUCGUUCAACUUCCUUCGCCUGCCGUGCCGGGAGAGAACGAUUCGGCUGUCCUGUUGCGUGGGCUGAACGCUUUCCUGACCGCCUACGCUCGCCAACGCGACAACAUCACUUUCGCGAGUGGCAACAAAGGCUACAUGAUGAACAAGCCGCGCAAGCUCUCCGACUGUAUCGAUGUCGUUCCUGGCUUCUCACUAUCUGUCCGGCCCGGCGUGGACCAAUUGCUCAUGUGCAUCAACACGGCUCACUCUCCAUUCUUCAAGCCUGGCCUCAGCCUUCAAUACAUCAUCGAAAAGUCCGGUCGUGGCUUGGGGAUUCUGAGGCGAGCUCUGAAAGGGGUCAAAGUGCGGAUCAACUACAGCAUCAGAGCUGGUUGGAGCCCGAGAGAAGAUGUCAGGUUCGUGAAGAAGAUCGGGAAGCUCAUCGCGGUCCAGGCAUGCGACGAGUCUCAAGCCAGAGAUGCAGCCGCCAACGCUUUACCCACCGUGCAGCAGCUGUUCACAAAGCCGACUCAGACUCAACGAGCUCACCCAUGCUAUCCACUCAAUCCACUGAGGCUGGAGAGCAGGUCUUUUGCCGUGCAAGUGGCCACUGACUCUCGUCCCGACUCGACCGACACGGAGUGGUAUCCUGCCAGCGUUCUCGUUGUAGAGCCAAACCAACCAUGGCACGGAGAUCUCACUGGGUUCGAAACCUCGAAUAUGAUCAAGACAGCGCAGAUGAAUCCACAGGAUAAUCAGUCCAAGAUCUUGAAUGAGGGACUCAUGAUGUUGGGUCUCGACCCUCCAAUGCAGACAGAAUUGACCAGGCAAUUCGGGAUGGCUACGGGCACUCAGCUGAUCAAAGUGGAUGCCGUCUGGUUGACAACUCCAAGGAUACAAUACCGCACAGCAAAGUCCAAAAGCAACGGAGUAGAUUUGCAAGUCGCGCGUUUCAAGCAGGAGAGUGCAAGUUGGAACCUCGGAAACGGAGCGAAGUUCUUCGCAUGCAAUGGCAUGGUUCCGAACGGGCUACCCAUCCUCGAUCUGUUCCCAAAUUCCCAGAUGACGAGACAAGAGCUCAUGGAUUUGCACAAAUUCAUGGACGAGUUUCGCAAGCAAAUGGGUGAAGCACUGCAGACACUCGGCUUGAAUCCGCCAAAAGAUGGAAGUGCGGUCAAAUGGAAUACUGGCUCGAACACGCUCACGAUGCGCGGUGUUUUGGACUACGAGAGGGUCUUAAAAGACAUUUUUGAACGAGGCCUCGCAAUGUCCCCCGGCCAAACACUGACCGUCGUCCUGAAGGAGAAGGAUUUCGAGGUCUAUUCGCGCAUCAAGCGCGUAGCAGAUCUUAAGCUUGGGGCUCACACUGUCCUCUGCCGGAAGCGCAGGAACUUCAAUGUUCAGUGCGCUGCCAACAUGGCGAUGAAGUACAAUCUGAAACGUGGCGGCACCAAUCAUGCCCUCGAAGAGGGUGCCUUUGCGGAUCUCAGACACAACAAGGUCGCAGAUACCAUCGUGAUCGGCGCCGAUGUCACACACCCAGGUGCCGGUGCUUCUCCGGGUACUCCAUCGAUUGCAGCGGUUGUCGGGAGUGUGGACAACAACUUCACCCACUUUCCAGGCUCAAUGCGCCUACAGCGAGCGCGGAAAGAGGACAUUGUGGAGUUGGGCGACAUGGUGAAAGAGCGUCUCAUCGACUGGGCCAAGAAGAAUGGGGACAAACUUCCGACCCGAAUGCUUUUCUAUCGAGACGGAGUGAGCGAGUCACAAUACGAGAAGCUCCGCACGUACGAACUGCCCCAAAUCCAGAAAGGGUUCAACUGGGCUGCCGAGUACCUCGCCUGGGAGGCGAAUGGUUGCCGACCGGGAAUGCAGCAGACGUCGCUCGGCAGUCUCACUCCCGCUAUGACUGUCCAGCCACACCCGAACCAGUCUCGCUCGUUGGACGCAUCCAGAAAUCCAUGGCCGCCAGCAACUCACAAGAAAGGCGAGGACGAGAAGUUUGAAGACAACACUGGCCGCAAUGAAAACUUCAAGCUCACCUACGUUGUGGUUGGAAAGCGACACAACACUCGCUUCUACCCAAGGGAGCAGAACAACCCACGUGAUUCAAUCCAAGAGCGGAACGGACAGGGAAAUGUCAUGCCAGGCUUCGUGGUGGACAGCACCAUCACGCAUCCACACAGCUUCGACUUCUACCUGCAGUCUCACUGCCCAAUCCAGGGGACCGGGCGCUCAGCUCACUACUUCGUGCUUCGCAACGAGAUGAAUCUGUCCACCCCACAGCUUCAAGAUGUGACGAACAGACUGUGCCACGUCUACGCUCGCUCGACCACUGCCGUCUCCUACUGUGCCCCAGCCUACUACGCCGACCGUCUGUGCGAUAGAGGCCGCGCAUAUCUCCGCCCAUGGCUCACCAACCAGAACGACCAAGCCUCGGGAUUGUAUCGGCCAGCUGAGAGACGCCAGGACCAGACGCCAACACAGUACAACGACAUGGUCAAAGACGAGCUCCGCGACGACCCCAACUGGCGCCCGUACCACAAUGCGGCGUAUCCCGGCCAGCUGAACCCCCCGAUGAAGUAUGGAUUCACGCGCCGCAAUCCUUGGCAUGCGAAUCUAGACGACACCAUGUUCUACCUUUGAGCUGCUCGCCUGCUCGUCCUGUCUUUACCCCAUCGACUUCGGAAAGUGCUCUGGCACACGGCUUGCCACUCCUUUGAUUUGCUGCGUUCUUCGACAUUACGGAUACUACGGUCUUCGCUGCGUUCUGCGAAGAUUGCCUUGGCUCAUGGCCUAGCACUCCUUCUAAUUGCUGCGUUCUGUUACAUUACCGCUACUGCUUUGCUUUUCUUGCUGCGUUCUGCCACAAUACCACUGCCUUGAAGCAGCAUGCUUGCACGCGUCACACUGACCGAAGUCACUCUUUUGAAUUCAGAUAGUAUUCAAUGAAACACUUGUACUUCCAG